UCGGACACGCCCACAGAGGAAGUACAUCGCGGACAGUGGCUCCGUAUAUUCAUGAGCGGCUCACCGAGGUUCACAGAUUUUCUCCGUUCGUGUUAAGACCUUUUUCACAUCGUUCUCAACCGCCACUUGAAGUGCAAACAUGUCUACUGAAAAGUGUUUCGCCAAAGGAAGCCCUGCACCUGGUCCAGUCCCCAAAGACCAUAUCAGGAUUUACAGCAUGAGAUUCUGCCCCUUUGCCCAGAGAACCAGAUUAGUGUUGAAUGCCAAAGGGAUCAAACAUGACACCGUCAACAUCAACCUGAAAGAUAAACCUGACUGGUUUCUUGAGAAGAAUCCCCUUGGUCUUGUCCCUACACUGGAGACACCCGCUGGUGAGGUGAUCUACGAGUCUCCCAUCACCUGUGAAUACCUGGAUGAAGUUUACCCUGAGAACCAGCUGCUUCCUUCUACUCCUUUUGCUAAAGCACAGCAGAGGAUGAUGCUGGAGCAUUUUUCCAAGGUAGUACCGUACUUCUACAAGAUCCCUACAGGGAGGAAUAAAGGCGAGGAUGUCUCAGGACUAGAAACUGAACUGAAAGAGAAGUUUGCCAAAUUAAAUGAGGACCUGGUUAAUAAGAAGACCCAGUUCUUUGGUGGUGACACCAUCACGAUGAUUGACUACAUGAUGUGGCCAUUUUUUGAGAGGCUAGAGAUCUUUGAACUGAAACACUGCCUUGACAGCACACCUGAGCUGAAGAAGUGGACAGAGCGCAUGUCGGAGGACCCGACUGUCAAAGCCACCAGGCACAGUAUGGACACCUACAAGGGCUUUUACAAGACUUACACUGAGGGGAACCCCAACUAUGACUAUGGUCUGUAGAAAAUACUGACCAAAAACAUAAACCGUCCAUUUAUAUUCAUGUUCAGGGAUACAUUUAAAUGAGGGCAAAUCUGUUUUUCUUAAAAGAUUUAGGACUUAUUUUGUUAAUGAGGGGAAAAUAUCAAAUUACUAUAAUGGGAAAUGAAAAGAUAAUGGAAAUGAGGUACAGUCAUUGUAUGACUCAGGAUGUUUUUGACGAUACAUUUCAAAAUUGACGCAUUUUCUCUAAUAAACUGUAGAGGAGUGACUCUGACCUGAA